AUGUAUGGAGAACCUGAUAAUCAUUGGGUUUCGACAUUGAGGAGUACUACUGGAAAACGUUUGUGGAGAUCGAUUGAAUGCAAUCUCCGUUAUUCUUUACGUAGUGGAUUACGCAUAAAUGGUGAUACAUGCAUAAAUGGUGUUUUGUAUUACGGAGCUUACGUUGGAAGAUCUUGUAUGAUAGUUUGCUUUGACUUUAGCUCUGAGAAGUUCAUGAGUAUCAAGUUGCAUGAAGGAAUUCCACAUGGGAUUUUGAUCAACUACAAAGGUAACUUAGGGGUAUUAGUAAAAGAUGGUCAUCAAAUUGUGUUGUGGGUUUUAGACGAAGAUGCUGGAAACCAUAUAUGGUGCAAAACAAUAAGCGCACCGUUAAGGAAUUAUCUUUACUUUGUUGGAUGGACGACCGGUGCAGGUGAAAUUGUGUUAUCGCCGCACCGUGGUACAAACCCUUUCUACAUUGUCUACUACCAGGGCCGGCCCUGA